GUUCAGCAUGGAAUAAAAGCAAUGGAAUCACAAGUACCACCUCUCCAUACUGGUUCUUCCAUGGUGAGCGUUCAAGAGCUCAUCAAAGAAACCAUGGGGGCAGUUCCAGAGAGGUAUGUUCGUCACGACCAAGAACCGCAAAUCAUCUCUGAUAAUGGAAGAACUGAAACGCCAAUUGUUCCGGUCAUUGACUUGGGCAAAUUGUCGUCGGACCAAACUGUGUGUGAUCCUGAAUUGGAGAAAUUGCAUGAGGCUUGCAAAGACUUGGGUCUCUUUCAGCUGGUUAACCAUGGGAUAGGUCCUCUGCUGGAGGAUCUAAGGCAUGAAAUCGAAGAGUUUUUCAAGCUUCCCUUGUCGGAGAAAAUGAAGUUCGAGGUAAGGACCGGAGAGGUUGAAGGUUAUGGGAAUAUCAAACGACCAGAAGAAAAGCUUGACUGGGGUGAUAGGUUCUUCAUGAUAGUCAACCCCGUCGUCAAAAGGAGACCUCAUCUCUUUCCGGAGCUCCCUCAGCCACUCAGAAACACCUUAGACUCUUACAUUAAGGAGACGCAAAAGCUGGCCAUGCAGCUACUUCGCUUGAUUUCAAAAUGCCUAGGCAUCGAGAUAAAUGAGAUGAAAGAGUUAUUUGACGAUGGCUUUCAAGCUAUGCGGCUGACGUACUAUCCUCCAUGCCCACAGCCGGAGGUUGUUGUCGGGAUGACACCGCACUCGGAUGCUACUGGCAUCACCAUCCUCCACCAAAUCAACAGUGUCGACGGCUUCCAAAUUAAAAAGGAUGGAGUUUGGACACCUGUUCACAUUCUACCAAAUGCAUUUGUGGUGAAUGUGGGAGAUGUCAUGGAGAUUCUUAGCAAUGGUCUUUACAAAAGCAUGGAGCACAGAGCCGCAGUGAACACGACAAGAGAAAGGAUCUCAAUUGCUAUGUUCUUCAACCCUAAGCCAGACUCAGAAAUUGGCCCAAUCCAAUCUCUGACGACUGCGGAAAGUCCAGCGUUGUUUAGAAGGAUAAAGUUGGAGAAAUAUGUCAAAGGCUACUUUGCCCAGAAUCUUGAUGGAAAGUCAUAUUUAGAGAGGAUGAAGCUUCAACCGGAGAAGGCUGUUGCAUUUCAAGUGGAGUGAACGAGAAGGAUUUAGGAAGGCCCUUGUUUGCCAAGCUUUGUUGACGAGCCAAACAUACUUAAGCAUCCAAUAAGAAUUUGUCAUAUCAUGUUAUAUAU